AUGUUUCGGCAGAUUUUAUCUGCUUUUUCUACUUUUCAAAGUUCGGAAGGAAGUAUUCAAAAUUUUAUGACACUUGAAAAAAAUCCUAGUAAUCAUUCGCAAAAAGACGUUGGACUCAUUUAUACUCUUCCUAAUAAUUUAGCAUUGGAUGUUUUAUUUCAAAAAGGUUUGCCCAGUCAAUACAGAGAUGAAUGUGAAACAUUUAAUGAAACACCAAUUUUGAUUAGGAAACCUGCUCUAGAAAUAAUAAAUUAUUUGAAAAAUACUAAUUUUAAUUCGCCUAUAAACAAAUAUGUUCUUUAUGGAAAAAAAGGAGGAGGAAAAGCAUUCACUUUAUAUCACAUAAUUCAUUAUGCCAGUUUAAAUGAUUACCUUAUAGUUCAUGUGCCAAGAAUACAAGAAUGGUAUUUUAACAAAGUUGAAAUAGAAAAAUCUAUAAACAGUAAUUGUGUUUUUGAUUUACCUAUUAGGGGCUCACAUUGGUUAAAACAUUUUAAAAAUCAAAAUGAAAAUAUUAUAAAAAAGUUAGAUUUAAAGCUUAACAAUGAAUACAAGUGGAACAUUCAAGAAAUAAAUUACAAAGGAGAAAGUUUGUUAAAUUUAGUGAAUUUUGGCAUUAAUAGGACAAAGUAUUCUUGUGAAGUUAUUAAUGCUGUUUUUGAGGAAGCUAAACAACUGUCAAAAAAUAACUGCGUCAAAACAUUAGUUGCUAUGGAAGGAUAUAAUUUAUUAUUUAAUGCUGAACCUUGUUACAAACGUAGAAAAGGACAAUGGAAACCAGAGGAUAUAAAUUGCACUGAAGCUUUCAAAAAUAUAGCAAAAGCUGAUUGGCAUAAUGGAGCUGUUAUUUUGACUUGCACAUCAUUAGCUCGAGAUAAUACAUUAAAAUCUUAUUUACCUGUGAAUCUUUUAAAGACAAAUGGAAUUGAGUUCUUGCAUCCUUUUAUACCCAUUGAAGUACCACCUUUAAAUGACAAAGAAAUGAUGAGUGUACUGGAAUACUACAGAUCGAAAAAAUGGCUUUUGACUUCACAAGGAGAUGAAGAAUUAAAAUUUUUAUGCGCUGGAAAUUAUUAUACGUUACGAAAACUAUGUAGUCCUCUUUAA